UAGGCGUGUCGCCGCCGCCGCUGAGGCCAAGGCUGCUGCCGCCGCCUCCUUUUCCGGGUCCGCUGCGGCGGCGAGUGAACCAGCGAGGGAGGCGAGUAAAGAAACGAGCAGGCCGGCCCCGCCGGCUCGGGUCCGCGCCGCGCCCCCCCCCCCGCGCCGCCUCUCCGCUGCCGCCAUGCCCGGCCCGGCCGCCGGCAGCAGGGCCCGUGUCUACGCUGAAGUGAACAGCCUGAGGAGCCGCGAGUACUGGGACUACGAGGCCCACGUCCCCACCUGGGGUAAUCAAGACGAUUAUCAACUUGUUCGGAAACUCGGCCGGGGGAAAUACAGCGAAGUCUUUGAGGCCAUUAACAUCACCAACAAUGAGCGAGUGGUUGUGAAAAUUCUGAAGCCAGUGAAGAAAAAGAAAAUAAAACGAGAAGUGAAGAUUUUGGAGAACUUACGAGGCGGAACCAACAUCAUCAAGCUGGUUGACACUGUCAAGGAUCCAGUGUCAAAGACUCCAGCAUUAGUAUUUGAAUACAUCAAUAAUACAGAUUUUAAGCAACUAUACCAGAUCCUGACAGACUUUGAUAUUCGGUUUUAUAUGUAUGAAUUGCUCAAGGCCUUGGAUUACUGUCACAGCAUGGGGAUCAUGCACAGAGAUGUCAAACCUCACAACGUCAUGAUAGACCAUCAACAGAAAAAGUUGCGGCUCAUAGACUGGGGCUUGGCAGAAUUCUACCAUCCAGCUCAGGAAUACAACGUCCGUGUGGCCUCGAGGUACUUCAAAGGGCCGGAACUCCUCGUGGACUACCAGAUGUACGACUAUAGCUUAGACAUGUGGAGUUUAGGCUGUAUGCUGGCAAGUAUGAUCUUCCGAAAAGAGCCUUUCUUCCACGGCCAAGACAACUAUGACCAGCUGGUUCGCAUUGCGAAGGUGCUGGGUACAGAUGAAUUAUAUGGUUAUCUGAAGAAGUACCACAUAGAACUGGACCCACACUUCAACGACAUCUUGGGACAGCAUUCGCGGAAACGUUGGGAGAACUUCAUCCAUAGUGAGAACAGACACCUGGUCAGCCCUGAAGUCUUGGAUCUUCUGGACAAACUCCUGCGAUAUGACCAUCAACAGAGGCUGACUGCCAAAGAAGCUAUGGAGCACCCCUAUUUCUAUCCGGUUGUGAAGGAGCAGGCCCAGCCCAGCUCCGACAGUUCUGUGCUCUCCAGUGGCCUGACAGCUGCACGAUGAAGUUUGGGAAACGACGGGUCUGUCUGAUGCUGUUCCUCCCAAUUUUCCAUAACCAGAACAAAAUCAAACGCCUUAUCCGCUUGUGUACAGAGAUGGUGGUGUGCAGCUUCCAGAAGUCAUCCCAGUGGCAGGUUAUGGGAACAGGGACUGCGGUGGUGGCAACUGACGGCACCCAACAGCAUACAAAAACACAAACUUGUGUCUUUGACUUCCUGUUGACUUCCUCCUGACCAAGAAAGCAUGGGCGUUGUGAAGGGUAUGCAAAACUGUGGCUGGCUCGUGUGGCUUCCCUCCAACCUCGGUGCCCUUCCCCUAAACCCAGCCCACGUUCUGAUAAAAAUGGCUCCUGUUUGGCAGGCUGGGAGAGGAGGGAGGCUCUGUGGCAUG